CGACAUUUCACCAUCCCCUGCGGUCUGCGUCAAACUUUUGCUGAGACGGCACUCUACGAGCAUUUUAUAGUUUGCGCAGACCUAAUUCUAGCUCUUUUCAAUCUUCACGGCUUCGUUCCUCGUUGAUGUGUUGUUAGAGCCCGACACCACCUCCUAUUUAUUCAGGGACAUUCCACGGACAUAGGGAUUCUACAGUAAUUCAGUUUAAUCGUAAUGUCUGGACCGCCAGCGCAUAGGGGACAUUGUUUUGCAUACUAUUGCUCUGGACAUGGGUACGGGCAUGCCACUCGUGUAUCUGCAUUUGCGCGCCAUCUUCUCAGUCUGGAGCCUCAACCGAUUGUAAAUAUCGUUUCUUCGGCGGCCAAGCAUGUAUUCGCGGAUAGUAUAGCUCAAGGGGCCCUGUAUCGUUAUGCCGACAUAGAUCCCGUCAUUGUACAACCACUCGCGUAUCGAGUCGAUCGUCAGAAGAGCGUGGAUGUAUUGCAGUCCUUCCUUCGGAAGAAAGAUAGAAAGGUAAUCGAGGAGUCUCAGUGGCUCACGGAAAUCGGCGUCGACUGCGUGUUGAGUGACGCUGCGUUCCUCGGUUGCCUCGCCGCCAAUGCCGCAGGUAUACCAUCUGUAUUGAUAACCAAUUUCUCUUUCGAUUCUGUGUAUAGCUACCUUUCCACUUCAUUCAUCGACAAAGCCAGUCCUCGCCCUGAUGAUCUCGAUGUGCAGCAAUUGCAGGCCCAAAUUAUCCUCCCUCCUGAUGUCCCAAUGGCUGCGGAUGCGUUGAAACCUCUAGUCGAUGAGAUCUUCUUGGGGUUUCGUUGCGCGGAUCUCUUGUUGCGGCUACCUGGCGCCAUUCCGAUCCCCUCUUUUACUGUGCAUCCUGAUCUACCUUCGCCGUCUUGGGUCGACAACAUACUUCAGCGGUUUGCGCCGGAAGUUGUGGAACAUCUGUUGGGCUCGCCGACUAGCUACAAUCUGCAUCCAAGUGUGGAGUUCCCGGCGCCGUAUGGUCCCAAACCAAUCCCUCGCAUAGCGCUCCCGGCUCCAUUACUCGUUCGCUCUCCCAACCCAUCCGUGUACACCCCCGCAGGUCGUCGUAAAUUGCUCAACUCAAUCGGUGUACCGCCGUAUCUGCAAGACCCGGAUACUACCAAGAUCCUGAUUGUAUCGUUCGGAGGUCAAGUUUUCCGUAAGCCGCAGAGCCGCAUUCACAGCCGCUCUCCUUCUCGUGCAGGCACCCCAGGGCCCUUUGCUUCCGCUGCAUCCAGACCGGUGAAUGGCUUGCCAUCCCGCGUUGGAACUCCGGGACCGCUCGUAUUGCCAACUUCCAAGUCAAUAAAUGUGUUUCCGCGAGAGGCUCCACUACCGAAGCCAAGUGAUCUCUCCAAGGAAUAUUUUCCUGACCCUGAUUUACUGUCUGUUGCACUUCGUUCUAUGAACUUGAGCAGCUAUAUGUCCCAGCCUCCGUCAUCGCCUGGUCUACCUCCUCCGCGUGUCAUCACUAGAGCUCGUGGAAAGUCUCAACUGGCGAUACCUGGAGCACCUCCUGUCAUCAUGACGACUUCACCGGUAGUCAACAAGUCCCCGCCUCCUGCUCAGGCUCCCACUUUCAACAGGAUCCCUGCAUCUCCUGUUACAGAACAGAGGCUGGUAUCAGAUAGAUUUGACGAUGUCAGCGAGCAAUUGGUGCCCGAAGCAGAGGACGGCUUUGAAGAGGAGGAACCUCGUCUACUGCCUGAUGAAACCUGGAUCGCCAUCGUGUGUGGCGUCUCGAAAGAAUGGGCUAGGGAAGACGGCGAGGAACUCCCUGGGAACUUCUACGUCGCUCCACGAGACGUGUACAUGCCUGAUCUGACUGCUGUUGCGGACGUCCUCUUAGGGAAACUCGGCUAUGGCACAGUAUCUGAAUGUGUCGAUGCAUGCACACCCUUCGUAUAUGUCCCGAGACCGCUCUUCAUAGAGGAACAUGGUCUUCGCCUGUUGCUGGACACAGAAGGAGUCGGCGUUGAGCUGUCAAGAACAUCGUACGAGACCGGCGAAUGGGCUGACGCUAUUGAGGAAGCGUAUCAGAAGGGGGCAGGUGCGAAGGCAAGGAAGAGACAGGAAGGAGAGACUGGUAAACGCAAGCAAGAAGGACUAGAGAUGGCACGAGGUCUGGUGGACUGGGUGGACCGCUGGAAGGCAGGAGUCAUGGCAGAAAUGGCUACCGUCGAGAACGAACUUCAGUAACGAACAGCCAGCUGGUAGUAUAAUGUGUGUUUUAGCUCAGAUCGGCAAAUGGAACUCCUGUUGAAAUGGCU